CCUAACGUGUAAGUAUGCGAGAAGCUGCUGUGUUUAGCGGCUCGUCGCGGUGUGAAGCAAUUCUGAGCGUCGAUAUGCCAGAUGAGAGAGAUAUGCCGAGAACUUUGUAUGUGGGCAACUUGGAUCAUGCUGUGUCGGAAGAUUUAUUGUGUGCUUUAUUUUCGCAUAUCGGCAGCGUUACAAGUUGCAAGAUCAUCAGAGAGCCUGGAAGUGAUGCCUACGCUUUCGUGGAGUUCGAGGAUCACGUAACAGCUUCCGCAGCACUGACGACUCUCAAUCAGCGAUUUUUUCUGGAAAAGGAGAUGAAAGUUAACUGGGCGACGUCGCCGGGUAACCAACCAAAACAGGACACGAGCAAACACUAUCACAUAUUUGUUGGGGACCUGAGCCCAGAGAUCGAGACACAUACCUUAAGGGAAGCGUUCUCAGCCUUCGGAGAGAUCUCAGAUUGCAGAGUCGUCAGAGAUCCCCAAACUUUAAAGUCCAAAGGAUAUGGAUUUGUUUCGUUCGUCAAAAAGGCGGAAGCAGAGAGUGCCAUCGGCAACAUGAACGGCCAAUGGCUCGGUGGCAGAAGUAUUCGGACAAAUUGGGCCACUCGCAAACCUCCCGCACCUAAAUCCGAGGCGAAUGCAAAGCCGUUGACGUUCGAUGAAGUUUACAAUCAAAGUAGUCCGACCAACUGCACGGUAUACUGCGGCGGUUUAACCAAUGGUUUAACAGAAGAACUCAUGCAGAAAACUUUCUCGCCCUUCGGAUCCAUCCAAGAAAUUCGAGUGUUUAAGGACAAAGGCUACGCUUUUAUCAGGUUUUCUACCAAGGAGUCGGCCACGCACGCCAUCGUAGCGGUACACAACACAGACAUCAACGGCCAAACGGUAAAGUGCAGUUGGGGCAAGGAAAGUGGAGAUCCUAAUAAUGCUCAACCAACUGGACAGGCGUUAUCGUCGGCGACGUACCCAUACUACGCGGCGGCGGCAGCUGCCGCCGCGGCGGCGGCGGGCGUCGCGGGUGUCGGAGGCGUCGGUGGCGUCGGCGGUGCUGGACAACUAGGAUACUGGUAUCCGCCCCAAUCUUAUCCCACGACAGCGACACAAAUGCAAGCUGGUGGCUUUCUUCAAGGCAUGCAGGGAUAUACCUACGGACAGUUCGCUGGAUAUCAACAGGCGCAAUAUAUGGGAAUGGGAAUGGGUGCUGUCCAUGCUGCUGGCACAGCAGCAGGAUGGGGUCAGGGAUUACCUGGGGGACCACAGUUACCACCACACCACGCCACGACGGUCACGGCACCCCCAGGGGUGCAAGCCGCACCCCCGCCACCACCGCCACCGGCACAAAUGAUGGCCUACCCGAUGCAACAGUUCCAGAAAUUGGGUGACUAGCCUCGAGGACACGGCACGAGUAUGCAAAGAGAAAGCAACAAAAUUAUAAAUAAAUAUAUAUACAUACGUAUAAAUAUAAAAAUGCAUAUAUAUAUAUUAUAUAUAAAUAUAUAUACUUGCGCGCAGCGGCGGCGAGGGCUGUUAUUUUCAAUCGUCGUGCGUAAAACAAAGCACUGUGCGUGAAAAAGAGAGAAAGAGCGUUAGCUUUUAAGAAACGACAUGAAAAAGAACAUAUAUAAUAAGUAAAAAGAAAAUAUCGUGUACAUUAUUAGUUAGGCAAAAGAAAUAAAAAUAUAGGUUAUUUUUGUGAAAGGUGGAACGAGCGAGGGGAGAGAGGGGGAACAGAGAAAGAUCGUGUGGCAAGAGGGACCCAAAUGGCAGACUGUAAUACGAAUUAUGCAAUAAGAACUCGUUAUCGCGUGCGUUUGCAUCUGUCAAUCAACUCCUGUACAGUAACCGGGAAGCGUUUAAUCGAUAAAAGGAUUAUUAAUUGGAUUUGACACACUCUACUUUUACGUUCCUUAUGUUCCGCCCAAUCACUCCCCUUAUCGAAUUGCUCACUGUGCACUACGACUCGAUUCCACCUUCGACAGAGAAAAAGUGAGGUAUCCCGCAUUCUUUCAAAGAAUCAGCGUGGAUAUCCGAUCUUGUAAAAAGUAUUUAAAAAAGAGACGCCUUAAACAUGAAGGCGUGUGUAUAACUUGAUGUAGUCCUGUAUGUUGUCUAGGACAUAUACCGAGUGGAGCUAGCCGAUUGUGCGAGUCUUCGCGUUAAACGGGAAACCAAAAUGUAGCAUAAAGUGAUAGAUAGAUAAUUAUUAAUGUAAUCUGACCUGAACAGUAGGCAAAAACAAAGGGGCAAUGGAGUCGCGGACGGAAACGACGGAUGACGGGGAAGUGUUGAAACGGGGUGAAAUAAAUUUGUAUAAAGAGCGGGCAAGCUUGACGAAAAGCCACACCACAUAGGGCAAAACUAGCAAAAGAGAUCCGCUUAUGGUACCUAAGUCAUGGACCUAUUCGGGAAAAGGGACACGCGCGCGCAUACACGAGGUGUAAAACACGUACGCGUAUAUGUAAAUACACACAACACCAAAUACACAAAAUGCACACAGCAUACGUGUAGAAUAUAGCGGCGAGAAACUUAACAAAAGCUCUAGACGUAGUCUAGUCUAAUCUAGCUUGUCGAUCAUUAGGUUAACAAAGUAAAAGCGUUCAUGAGGGAUAGUGCAAUAACUAAUAUCCGCAAGUUAUACUCAGCACUCUUAUACGGCACAAAUGUCAGGACACGUGUAUAUGCAUACACCGAAAAAAAAACAGAUAUUGACAUGUAUAAACAUAUAUACAUGUAUACACAUACACACAGAAACGCGUGCUGCGGCUGCUGCCUCCAUCCUUUGUCCGCGGUCCUCAACUCACAGUUCUCAGAUUCUACAAUCUGGCAAUUGGCGUACUAGAUAACGUGAUAACACACCAUUUCGAGAUUCUUUAUUAUCGCAUUGUUCAAGCUUUACCGAAGCGACCGCAUCUGGUUAUCCAAUCCUCAUCGAAUUACUACGGUCUCAAGUUGCAACAAAAUUCAAUGCGUGCCUUUUUUUUCUUUUUCGCUGCUCGAUUCCUGUCACGUAGCGUGUUUCCUCUCUUCUCUUAGUAUCUCGUAACGGGCACUAUGUCUUCUUCAUCCGUGCGUCUCCUCCCUUGAUGCUCUCUUACUUGUUUCCACGUUUGUGUCCCUGAUGCCACCGCAUAUAUAUUCCUCCGCCUGAACAGACUUAUCUCGCGGAGACUUACCAAACGAUAGUCGACAAUCAUUGAAGAAACAUACAUUUAGAAACUUGUACGUGUUCUUUUCACCGAGGUCUAGGUAUUAAUUAUCGUCACCGACGUGUUUGCACAAAGUCUUGUGCAGGCAAUGGACAGAGGAAGUGGCAUAUCGGACUUGGGGAAAGUAAGAGAGCAAGGAGUAUUAAUUGCCUACGAUGCUAUCCUAUCGUGUUCGUAAUGCUUUUGCCUCUCGCGAGUGUACCACAAAACGUGAUUUUGAUAUCGAUCAACACGUAGGUACCGCGAUGCACACACGAAACAUAUCAUCGAGCCAAUCAAGCCGAUCCUACCACUCCCAAUUAGGAACUGCAAUGAGGGAUGUGGAAUGCAAUUAAGCGAUUGAUGCUUCAAGUUACUCAAACCGCAGUUGUGCUCACGAAAACGGGAUUUUUUUUCUCUCUUUUCGCGACUCUAGAGCGGUGACGCUUAAGAAUGAAACUUAGCCGAUCCUGUAAAAUUUAUUGUUGCAUACUACAUUUGUUUCGAUCAUACAAAUUGCGUGCGUAGCAAUGACAAUCGUUAUAAUUUACUUCGAUGUAAUCUGAACGUGAUAUCAAGAAUAGUAUUCAUGGGCUGUGUACUUAAAUUAAGAUGUCCCUUUAGUUUCCGUUCAUGAUUACUAAUCUUCGCACUUCCGUGAAACUUUUUAUAACUUUCAAAUAUCUAUGAAUGACAAAUUGUUAGGUACAAGAUAGUAAGUUGUUGGAAUUUUUAGCGUUUUAAUUAACAUACAACAUAGGCAUAUCAGAUGUAUUUUUUACGGGAAUAAUUUCAUUGAUUGUUAUAGAAAAACAAGGUUAAUUUUAUUCUAAGAAGUACUAUUCUAAGAAGUACUAUUGUUUUUUAAACUAAAUUUUAAAUCGUAAAUCGCAACUAAACGUAUAAUUUCUUUCUAACCGAGGUGCAUUUAACUUAACUAUUUAUAUUUAGAUGCCCCUCGAGAAUCUAACAUAAUUCUUAGCGGGACGAGGGCAGCAGUCAAGCCAAAUUGGGAUACUUACCGAUGCAAAGCACUGUGGAAACAGCUUAGUAUUAGAGCAAGAAACGUUUAAGAAAAAAAAAGCACAGUGAAAGAAAACAAAAGUAGGAGCCGUAAGCAUAGAUACCGAGCAUAAAACAUAAAGUAAUGUAUGUAUAUAAUCAUAUAUAUUAUACAAGAAAGACUACAAACAACAAGACAUGCGCAUCUAUAUAUAAUACAAAUAUGUAUAUUAUAUAUACAUAUAUGCAUAUAUAUAUGUGUAAGAUGAUAACAUUAGCCAACAGAUAGAAGCUAUAACGAAUAUAAGCUUAACGAAGAGAAGAAGGGAGCGAACGAAUGCGGAUGCGCGGCAUAUAUAAAUGCGCGCUCCGUGACAUACUGUGUUAAAUACCUUUAGUUGUAAGAAAUAAGAAAACACAUUGAGAUGUAACUCGUAAGAGAAAAUAGAUGUGGCUAGCCUGUCGGACCCCCUGUGCCCCCAAAUAUAGAUACAUGUAACGUAUGGAGUGAUAGAGAAAGAGAGAGAGAGAGAGAGAGAAUGCGUGAAAGAAAGCGUGUGUGUGAGAGAAGAGAUUAAUAGGGCGAACAUGCGAGGAAGAAAUGGAAGAAUACGAAUGUGUCAGAUGGCAUACAAGGAAAAAAGGGUGAGAAAGCGUGAGAAUGAGAAAGAAAUAGAGAGAGAGAGAGAGAGAGAGAGAGAGAGAAAGAGAGAGAACAAACGAGGUGUAUAGUAUGCUUCAGCAGAAAAAGCAUUAAGAGGUAAAAUUCCAAAAAAAAAGAGUACGAUAAUUAUGAUCGCGUCCGAUUCAUACAGAGAUUACGACGUUCCUUCAUUUUUCUUGUAGCUUUUCGUACGAUUUGAUGAAGUAUGCGUUGCGGGGCCCCCGUAGAUAUGGCCCUUUUCCCUAUCCCGAUGCGAUAAGCGGCAUAUCACUUACGACCGUACGCUAAGAAGUUAGGUGCCUUUAUCCACUUCUUUAUGUGUAUGCAUUUCGGUAAAGAGGACAACGAGAAACUGAAAAAAAAAAAA